AUCGUUCAUUCACAAUCACUUCUCUUCAGUCGAAUUUGUUCUUCUUCCCCUUCACUUCACCCUCUAUUUAUUCUCCACCACCACCACCACCACCGUUCCAGAGACCAGCACCACCUUUCGAGUUUAUCUGGGAAUUAAUUUGUUGCAAGUUUUCAUCAGAAUUAAUGAGUAGCCGGAGAAAUUAGUGAUUAAUAUUACUUAUCUAGGUUACUUGUGCUGAUAGGAAGAAGGAAGAAAGAUUGAAUUCUUGAAUUUGGAUUAGGGAUUCCAGGCCUUACUACUUCUGUUUUUUAGGGGGGGAACGUACAUUGUCGUAGCAGAAUAUUGAAACAGUUAUCUGAUUUUUCUCUAAGAAUCGAAUAUGCAGGCGAGUGAUAGAUUCAACAUCAAUUCCCAGCUUGAGCAUCUUCAAGCCAAGUUUGUUGGAACAGGCCAUGCUGAUUUGAACAGAUUUGAAUGGGCACUGAACAUCCAGCGUGAUAGUUAUGCAUCUUACGUAGGUCAUUACCCCAUUUUGUCUUAUUUUGCCAUUGCGGAGAAUGAAUCGAUUGGAAGAGAGCGUUACAACUUUAUGCAGAAAAUGCUGUAUCUUCGAUUUUGUAAAAUACAUAACUAACGUAUAUUUUGUUAGUUCAUCUAUAGCAUUAGAGUUGAGCACUAGUGCCUGGUUAUACACUCCAUGAGCAAUUAGCCUAUUUUGAGAUCUUUAUCUGUGCACUUUUUUGUGAGCAUUUAAUAAGGACCUUGAAAUGGAUACGCAUUUUUGUGAUUUGUCCGGAAGAAAAUCCCACCAAUCCUACCCAAGCGGCCUAUGCAAGUGAGGUUGGAACCCUGGAAUUUUCAGUCCUUGCAGUGCAGGUCUAAAGAAAACUUUGGAUCAAGGUGUAGAUACUGGGCCGCGGUUAAGAAAAAACAGGUCAUGAGUGUCACGAUGCAAUGACAUAGAUUUUGGCACUUAAUGCCCAUUUUGAGUCACUCAAGUGACAAAUUGUGGUUUAUACUUACAGUGGAGGUUUUGAGUUAGAUCACGGGGUAAAUAUGGAUUCGAGGGGCAUGGUGCAUAUUACUGCACAACCUGAUUAUUAGUCGAGUAUAAGUUGAUGCCAAUUUAAAAACAGACUUUAUUUUACCGAAAAGAUUGGUCAAGAUGCCUACUUAUUUACGCAUACAUUCUUUUUAUUAAGUAGCAUGGAGUCCAUCUCCAUAGUUUUACACUUAUUUAUCGA